GAAUCAAAUCUUUUGCUUCAAUGGCUGAAGUGGGUUUGGUCAGCGACGGCGGAUGGCUGAUGACGCUGGAGAGGAAACUUUGGAUCCUCGAGUUCAAAUCCAGUUGGAGAAAUUGAAUACCUGCACGGAUGAAAUCAACCGGCUAGAAGUUGAAUUAGAUGAUGCCAACUCCGCCUUUCGAGCAACUCUCAGUGAGUCUAGUCACAAGCUGCGCAUUUUGGCAAAGAAGCUUGGAAAGUCCAUUGAAGCUGCGCGACCAUACUAUGAAGCCAAAGAAUAUGCACAGAAGGCACAGCUGGAGUGCCAGCGGGCGGCAGUGCAGUACCAGCGGGCAUCGGAGGUGCACCAGGCAGCUAAGGAAACAAUUUCGCUGGCGGAACAGCGCUUUCUUAGCAACCAGACACAGUGGGAGUUUGACAAUGCCUGGCAGGAGAUGCUCAACCACGCUACCAUGAAGGUGAUGGAAGCAGAAGCAAUGAGGCUUGAUAGUGAAAGGGAGCACCGGAGACGGGCAGCUUCAUUCACCGAAGCAGAACAUAAGGUCCACUCACUCGAGCGAAGAUUGAAGAAAGACAUCGCCAAGUCUAGGUUAUACUUUGAAAAGAAGGCUGCCUUCCAGCAGAAACUCCAGGAAAUCAAGAGCCAGGUGGAAGUGUUGCGCAAAGCGGUGAUACAGUCCAAGCAGGCGUACACAGACGCCCUGCACAGCCUGGAACAGAUUUCUACGGAGAUUCAUGAGCGGCGUAAAGCGCACCUGCCAGCUCGAGAGCCAGGAGUUGGUGCCGAGCACAAGCCCUCAUCAGUGCCAGGUGGAGAUGCCAAGCCUGGGGACCCAGCUGAAUUCCACUCCCGAGUACUGGAAGCCUCCAUGAAUCUGCUUCGGCAAACGACGUCACGGCUGCUGGAUAUUCCUGGCGGUGACGGGCCGUUCUCUAAGGCAGAGUCCGAGUCCUACGGUUCCCUCGGCUCCUCGCCGUCCAACGGCAGCACCUUCUCGCUGCCCACCGACCUGUCCAAAACUACCAUGUGUGAAGUUCUGUCUGGGCUUAGCCUACAGGAAUCACCACCAUCGGCUGACGAUGAGCAGCAGAGCCCCGUGUUGCGAAGAAGCCUGACGUCAUCUGCUCAUUCCCACAUUGGGCCAGUGCCACCUGCGAUCCGUGCUUCAGCGCCACCCAGGAUUUGCAGUCCAGAUGACUUCGAAGAGGUGGACCUCAACGCAGACUAGAAGGCGCUGUUUUGCUACCUCGCAAGCUGAGGAGGGUACUGGUAACGAGUGGCUGCCAGGCCUUCACGCAGGUCAGGCUGACCACAUGUCCAAUUACCGCUUCAUACAGGGCUUCCUUCAGAAAGUGAGGUACCAUAUACCUACUUCACUGUUUAGCUCAUUCAGCAACGUUUUACUCUAGGUUUUAAGAAUGCAUUGCACAACCAGUGAUCUAACAUGGCAGCGGAAUCUCGCCUGAAUACUGACGCUUUGCCAGUUAGUUUAGGGUUCAUAUUUUAUUUUUGCUCUUUACGGUCUAGUAUUCAUCAUGUGUAGUAGUUGUAGCAUGCUCAUACUUGCAAGUUGCUUGUUCAAUUGUAGUUCGGACAUUUGUUGGGUGCCAUCAGUUAUAAGGCCUUUUUUUUAUAUAUAUGCCUGCUGCAUGUGUAUAUAUGUUUUGAACUGAUCAUUCAGCAAGGACUGUGACCAGGAACUCAAACUGGUUUUGUUAGUUGUAAUAAUGUGCACUUCAAGUCCUUAUGUAGCUGCUGUUUACAGUUUUGGUUUCUUGCUGUUCAGAUGACAUUGGACAUUGUUAUUGUUGGGACAGCAUUGGUAAAAAGAAAAAAAAAAACAACUCUUACAAACUUGAACUUGCGCUUGUGUGCAGAGGCACUCGAGAAGCAAUUGUUUUGCUGUUCUCAUUUUGUUGUGAGAAGCCAAACUUGAAGCAAAGGGCAAGGAACGCAGGACAUCUCUUGAACUGCUCAUUUGAACACUGAAGGAAGAUUUCAAACUGACGUGAGCUCAGAAUACCUAGUACAGUGCAAAACAGAAUUCACUAUAUUGGGUAAGGCAUGUGUGUAUUUAAUAUAAGCCGUGUGUCUUCAGAAAAUUAUUCUUGGUAAAACGUAGCAAAUGCAUGCUCAAGGUAUUGGUUGAUGGCUUGCACUUUCGAGCUAUCUUGCAAAAGCAGCAGCAAGUGACACUUACGUAGUUUGCAUUAUCCUUUGACCAGUCCUUUCUCUUGUAUAACCAGCAGGUUCAUUUUUUACUUGACUUGCAUUCGACAGCUCUUUAUUAUUAAAGGGGAGCAACAUUUUUGAUGUGUGAAAAUGAAGUUCUUGUUGUCAAUUGUUCAUCAUCCAUCUUCUUCAGUCUCUUCCUUGUUCGUCUUUUAUUCCCCGCAGACAUUAGUACCAUGUAUAAUUAGAUUAAACUACUGGCCCCCCUUUUGUUUAACUUUGUGAAAUGCUGUUCUACCUCUUUCAAGUGGCAUGCUGCCACCUCUUUCUAGUCUAGAUGUCCGUGUGAAAAAUUUGAGUUCACGUGCAUCGCUUUGCCAUAUCUGCGCAGCGCACAUUAAGAGUUCUUUUUGGUUCAACAUCUGGAAAGUGUGGCCCUACACAUGCAUCGUCAAUCUUGGGGAGCUGAACUUCUCAGAUGCCAUAAAUCUAAGCCAAUUGUUAGAAUUUUGAAGUUAUUUUUAAUGCUUUCAAACAAUAAAUCACUUAUAUUGAUGUCAUUCUUUUACAUGUUAUUUAGGGCUUUUGGAAUACUUCGUUGUCAGUGAUAAAUCAUUUUUUGUGUUUUGUUUCUUGUUCUUUUUUUCAUGUCAUUGUUUCACUAGUGCUCUAGCAGACGUCUGAGGCCUGUCUUUCCAAAUUUUGUUCAACUUUUUUUUUUUCACGUGGGGCCAUCCUGUUUAAAGAUGCGUUAGCAUCUGGUUAAAGAAGCAUCCAUUCAUAUAUAUGUGCAUGUUGUAUAAUGUUACAUUACUUUGAUGGAGCUGUGAAACCUAUGUUUCAAACUUUAUUUAUGCUGUUAAAUUUGCUGAGCAUCAUCUUCAGCGAUUCCAACUGAUUUAUGCACGCUUUCUUCCAACGUCCUUUAAGUAUUGAGUAGAUUGUAAACUUGACAAAACUGAAUGCCUUUUCAUUUGUGUUAAAAUAAUGUUUACUGUCUAUUUCAUACGUAUUCGCAUAGCGUGGAGUACCCUCCUUGUUAGUGUUUUAUUAAUUGUCUGUUGCAUUCUGCAGUGCAGUUGCAACUUAUAACUAAUUUCUUGCUAUAUUUAGAGAGAUCCUUAACUUAAUCGGCAUUUAGAAUAGAUGCUCAGUGGUUGGUUGAUUUCUUCUAUAUUUUUUAGAAAGCUCACAACUUCUAUGAAAGGUGCACUGAAAUGCUUUUCAAACAUGGCAAGAAAACAUUCCCAAUCUCUAAACAAUGCUGCCGUGAACAUGGGACCGUAUUUUAUUCCAUUGCAUAAUAGCAGGUAGCCUACAAUCUUGCAUGAUAGAUUGCUUGCUCUCCCAUGUGGUUUUCGAGGCACCCGCUUUUUUAUUACCUCAGCCAUGUCAUUACAGCCAGCGCGACUUCCCAUAGACUGCAGCCGUUGGGCCAUCGUUCAUAACCAUGAAAUAAUUCGCGAGUGAAAGGCCAUGCACACAUGUCUAUCUUGUCCCACCUUCCCUGUUACCACUCUUUUGCCAUUCUCUAGCACCUUUGUCAGAUGCCAACCUCGAUAGGUUACCUUAAGUGCACCAGGGAAAAAAGGAACGAUAGGCAAGGCACUGCUAUCGGCGCUGUACCAUCUGGAAGGAAUCAAUGAGUUGACGGGGAAUGGGGAAAGUAAACAUUCCAUUCCUUCAGGAAUAUAUUCGUUGAAAGACAUCGCAUUGAUUCCAGCAUGUUUCUCAGGUUCCAAGAAAAGUGUUUCAGUGGCCCUUUAACAUACUAGCUAACAGUGCCCCUGGUCAUGCACCUGUACUCUUUAAGAAAGAUAUGGUCUUCUGCUUUGACGGGCCUUUCAUGUCAGUCAGUUGUGAAACACUGCAAUAUUGGCAAAGUUGUUGUUGAAGUAAGCUUGUCUUUGGGUUCGCACUCACUUGCAUACCCCAGCACAUGUUGCACUAGGCAUAAUUGCAACCAUAGAUAAAUGUUGCCUAAACAGCAGAAAUCUCUGUGCUACUUUUGCUUUUUUUUUUUUUUGACCUUGUCAUGCUGGCAACAUUGAAAUGUAAUCUUUGGCGGCUUUGGCAUCCAAAAGGCUACAAUAAGGCUGUUUCCACAGUGUCACGUCUGUCUAGGCUCGUUAAGGUGGCAUUAUUAAUGCGUCAUCUCCAUUUUGUUCUGUAAUGACAGUGCAAAUGCUUCACGCAAUCUGUGCGCCAGACAAACAGCAUAGAACAGUGCUCCUUUUCUUUUUCAAACUCGAUGAACUGAAAAUUUUGACCCUGGCUUUGCAGGUGACAAGCUCUACUUUUCAUUGUGAGGUUGCAUGUUUAAUUCAGCCAUGAUGGCCUCAUGCUAAAACGUUGAAAAGCUUUUGGACUGAAAUUUCGUUGCUCAUCAAAGAGUGCUGGCUUGUUAAAAUCAACCCAGCUUCUUUCAUCGUGGCAUGCCUCGUAGUUUACAGUGCAGUUUCCGGAUAUAAAUUCAUCAUUUGAACUGAAAGAACUUGUUUAAUCAUCUAAGAAUGUUCAAAUAACAAUGGGCAAGAAAAGCCAUUUGAACUUGAAGCUGCCGUUGUGCAAAAUUAACUUACAUCGAUGACAGGUUUUCUCACGGAAGGUUGUCUAGCACUUAAGCCAUUGUUAUGUUGUGGGAGGUUUGUAUGUGCAUUUGGCUUGUUUGACAUUGAUAGAAGCUGAAACGUUGAUCAGCAAUAUUUCACACGAUUUCCAUAAAGUUUGAUGGAUCUUGUCUUAUUUUGGCCAACCUUCAAAUACCUGUUCAAUGUUGUGUUGUCCAUGACAUUGUAUGAAAAUGUUUAAAUAGCGACUUUUGUUGCUGAACUCGCGCACAUUUUGUACAUUCUUUUGUGAAGGGAACUUGCAUCUCUCAAUUAAGGCUUCAUGUACUGCAAUGUACUAUUAAGCUAUAUUUAUAUAAUGAAAUGACAUGUACAGUUACAUAUGUAGGCCGGAAAAGUUGAAUUGCUUCCUCCUUUUUUUUUCUUUGCUAGUAAUAUGUAAAAAUUUGCAUUUAGUUAUCUUUUAAAUUAUGACCAACGUAGUAAUUAUUCAUCUAUGGUCCAAAUUUACACUUUGCCCCUGUAUGUAUGUAAUGAAUAUCGAAGUGCUUUAGAGUUUAUUUUUAAAACGAUGAACUUCAGAACCUGUGAAACAGCUCAAACUGUUGAUGUUGAUAGGUUCCAGCAUAGUACAUGAAAUUGUACCUACCAUAUUGUAUUAGCAGGUAUGUCAUUCUGAUGGUGCCAGGCCACAAAAAUGUGUGCUUAUUACAACUUGGGUGCAUCAUAGUGAGUCCCAGUUGACCAAAAUCUUAGUGCUGUCUUAAUGCCCCUCCACUGGAAUAUCUCUUAUAGUGCCAGUAUAGCCUUGGGACAUAAAACUCCAUCACUUUUUAGAUUUCUUUCCCCCAAGCAAUUCCGAUGGGCCUGACAUUUUAAGUUAGAUUUUAUAGAGAAAUGACUAAACAGGUCAUAGAAUAGGCUGAGAUAGAAUGGAGAUGACACUAUAUAAAAAGCUUUUUUUCACCCCUUCCUAUUCUAUGUCCUUAAACAUGGUCUGAUAAGAAGAGACAGCUGGUUUUUACAACCACAGUUCUCUAGGUUAUGUACCCAGCUUCUCUAUUGGACCUGUGAGCAGUUUGGAGAUGCUUGCAAGAAAGUAAUGCCAGCAUGUGUAGGUUGCAGUUGCAUGCUCACUCUCCAGACAUUUCAUUUAUCCCCGCUAUCCAAACUAGUUUUCCGAUUAUGCUAGUGUGAAUGUUUUUGGAGUGAGAACCAAAUGUGCGUACUGACUCAUGUCAACACUUAGCCUCAACAACUGUGUGAGCAUGAGUUUUCAAAUAAGUGGUCAAUGGGCUGCUGUUUCGCAAGAAAAGAACUUAAUUUUAUGCAAUAUCUUAUGGAAAGAUCUUACAACUAGACAAAAUUUGUUGAGAUUUGGCUUGUGCUGGAUUGAAAAAUGAUAUUUACAGCCGUCCUCUUGCUUCUGAAAUUAAAGUCUGGUUAUAAUCGUUGGAGCUUGCAUGUCCUAUUGUCUUCACACGUUUCAGUUGUCACUUUUGCAUUCCACAUGGGAAUUUUCCUCAUGGAAGUGUUAGGACUGUGGAACUUGUGCUGGCAUGUGCAGAGCAAGUACAGCAUGCAGGGCAAGUACAGAAUGUAUUGAAGAUUUGUCAAUUCUUUUCCGAGUAGCCCAGCUUACAGUCAUGUGGGGAAGACUCUUCCAUUACACUACUGUCCUUAUACGGUAUAAAGUUUUUCCAAAGGAAACUAUGUCCACCCACUUAAUGCAGACUAAGAACUGUAUUUCUAAGCAUGCAGUAUGAAAUUUAUCCUUUUAGGAAAGCAAAAGAAGGCCUCUUUAUAUGGAUGUUGCAUCUAUUUUUCAAAUUGUACACUUUCUCUCUCUAUCUCGAAUAUCAAUGUUGUGAAUGUAUCCACUGUUAAAACAAGUACAAAGAGUACCUUUUGCCCGAUGUUAACAAAAAUAUGCAGAUGUUUCUUGCACUGAAUAUUGUGCUCACCAUAGUGGACAAGACAAAACAACAAUGUCCGAAAUCAUUGAGACACAUGUGUUUUUACGUUGCCAAAUAUUUUGUCUUAGUGUUUAUAAACUAAUAUUCAUUAUGCUUUUAGACAGCUUGCACUAUCUGCAUGAAAGGUGUUCUGUGACUUGUUUUGUGCUUCAGUGCACCUGAAGUAUUGGUAAAUAAUGGAUUCAUGCAGAACUUAAUUCAUUGAGGUUGCCUGUAACAGGCUCGUUGAAUACAGAAUGUAUUUUUGUGAAUACAGAUGUGAAUUGUUGUCUCGUUGCCGUGUUGUAACAGUUACACUGUAAGCGGGAAACGGCUGACUGUGUAUUGUGAUGACAAAAGCAGCAGACCUUGUAUCACAAUUAAGGAGUGUACACGCCAUUUCACAGGAACUGCUCUAGUAUUUUGAAUUACACACUCUAUUACCUGUUCCUUUGCUCAUGUUUUUGUGAUAGUGCACCAUGUCUGGACUCAUCCAUGUCCUAAUGGCUGUAGUUGUAAUGUGUGCAUGCUCGUUUGGUUAGGCAUAUGGUCGUGGGCUCCAAAUACAAUAUUGGGAGCAAUAACCUAUAUUCCUAUAUAGUAUCAUUAGCUUUAGUUCUCUUAAAAACGUGUGAGGGAUACUUGCAGUGCGCAAUAAUGAAUGGUGCAGCAAUGGCAUUGUGCACUAAUGAAGCGCACAAUUUACCAGUCCUGCAUUGAAUGGUAGGGGACCCUGCUCUUUAGAAAGUCUUGCGAGACUUCCUUGCCGUCCUCUUGAAGGGUGCAAACAACGGUCUUCUUGACUAAUAAAAUGGUGCCUUUGAAA